UACCACGCACAGCUCUGCCGCUGUGUGUACCUUCAUUUCACGAAACGGCUACAAUUACUGCAGGUGCACGAAGAUCAGGAGAAGGGGCUCAUUGAUGCAUGCCGAAAGCUCCCUGUCCCGUGUCAGGAUGGAGAAGUACGAGAAGAUUGGGAAGAUCGGGGAGGGCUCCUAUGGCGUCGUGUUCAAGUGCCGGAACAAAGACACCGGACAAAUCGUAGCCAUCAAGAAGUUUGUUGAGUCAGAAGAUGAUCCCGUAAUAAAGAAGAUUGCACUGAGGGAAAUCCGGAUGCUGAAGCAACUGAAGCACUCCAACCUGGUGAACCUGAUUGAAGUGUUCCGGCGGAAGCGCAAGCUGCACCUGGUGUUUGAGUACUGCGACCACACUGUCCUCAACGAGCUGGACCGCUACCCGAGGGGGGUUCCAGAGCAUCUGGUGAAGAGCAUAACAUGGCAGACUCUCCAAGCUGUAAACUUCUGCCACAAACAGAAUUGCAUUCACAGGGACGUGAAGCCAGAGAACAUCCUCAUCACCAAACACCAGGUCAUAAAGCUGUGUGACUUCGGCUUCGCCAGGAUCCUGACCGGACCCUGUGACUACUACACCGACUACGUGGCUACGCGCUGGUACCGGGCCCCCGAGCUGCUGGUGGGAGACACACAGUACGGCCCGCCGGUGGAUGUCUGGGCUAUCGGCUGCGUCUUUGCUGAGCUGCUGUCCGGCGUUCCUCUGUGGCCAGGAAAAUCAGACGUGGAUCAGCUCUACCUCAUCAGGAAAACACUUGGAGACCUCAUUCCCCGGCACCAGCAGGUCUUCAGCAACAACCAGUUCUUCAGUGGAGUCAGCAUCCCUGAGCCGCAGGAGAUGGAACCACUAGAGCAGAAAUAUCCAAACCUGUCACAUCAAGCACUGGGGCUGAUGAAGGGCUGUUUAAGAAUGGACCCAUCUGAGCGCCUCACGUGUGAGCAGCUGCUGGAGCACCCUUACUUUGACAGCCAGCGAGAGGAGAGUGAGAGCACAUCCCGGGAGCAGGACCGCGCCUCCAAGAGGAGGUCCCGCCAGCCCCGCAAACACCUCCCACCUGGGUAUUUGCCUCAACUUACCAGCAGCAACAUUUUCCCAGCCCUGGACAACAAGAAGUACUACAACAACUUGCGAAAAUUCAACUACCACUUCCCCAAUAUCUAAACUCGCAUCUUUGGAUUUGGAAAGGCAAAAUGUUUGCAGUAAUCCGUAUUUCCUGUGCAAAAUUAAGGAAAAGCAGCCAUUGUGGAGGUCCAUGUUUUCCCAGUGGACAGGUAGACUGAGCCAAGGUUUCAGUCAUGUGACCAGUUGUGAUGUCCUUCUAUGCACUGUGGCAGCUUUUCCACUGAGACACUUUUGUCUGUGGUUUUGCUUCUGUUUUGUUUGACUUUUAUGUCUGUAUAUUAUGACAAGGAGCAUCUUGUAGCUCC